AUGAACAGUAUAUUAAAUGCGCAAAGACUUUUGCAAUUGUACCAGUUCCACCCGAAAUUAAAAGAUAUAUGGUACUUAGUCGCAGCUGCAUCGUUUAGUGUCUGUAACGAACCACAAGAAAUCCCAAAAUUGUAUCAUUAUGCACUAGCUCUAAGUAACCAGAAUGCUCAGAAAUAUAGAGUUACUUUGGCUCAUAAGACUAUGGAUCUAAUAUAUACCAACAAUGAGCAAGAACAAAGAUCCAAAUUAAUAAAUGAAAUAUAUUCCAACCCUACAGCAUUACAAAAGACUUUAACUGAGAAGUUCAGAGACACUUUAUUAAAAUCGGGACCCCUAGCUGGAUUACCAAAAGCCAUUAAUGGGCUAAGUAAUCUAAAAGAGGUGACGCCGACUGUCUUAUUACCGAGGACGCCGAUGAUUGACCCAUGGGAAGCUGCCAUGGGAAGGGAAGAACCAUGUCCUGCAACGAUGAGAGAAUCUAUAAAUUCCUAUGAGGAUAGAAGUUUGAUUAUUCAACGAGGACUGAGACAUUGGAAUUCCAUUUAUAAUAAAGUCUCCACUAGAGUGGUAAAUAAUCUUAAUUCAUCAUACCCUGAUCUUUGGUAUUAUACGUUGGUUCAUGUGUAUGGACCCCUGUUGUCCUUCACUGGAGCAUUGACUGCACAGGAGACAAGUUUGGUUGUCAUAGCUUCUUUGGUACCGCAAGACGUUAAUCCACAGUUGAGAGGUCAUUUGAAAGGUGCGUUGAACAUUGGUUGCGAUUUUGAAACUAUCGAAGCUGUUAGGCGAUUAUCUAUCUUAGUUUCACAAUGGAGUGGAGUACAAUGGAAGGAUGGUAUCGUUCAGUUAACUUUAAAGAAAAAGCAAUCCGUUUGA